AUGGACACAUUGGCAGCACUCGCUCUUGCUACGGACCCUCCCCAAGACAGCGUUCUGGACCGCAAACCCGAGCCCCGCGGUUCUGGCAUCAUCUCUAUCACCAUGUGGAAGAUGAUCAUGGGACAAGCCAUUUACCAGUUGCUCAUCACCUUCCUGCUCUACUAUGGUGCACAGACCGUUCUCGGUUACGACGACGAGCUUAUCAACGGCCAACGUAAUACUCUGGUGUUCAAUACCUUCGUCUGGAUGCAGAUCUUCAACCAGUGGAACAACCGCCGUUUGGAUAACAAGUUCAACAUCUUCGAAGGUCUUUUCCAGAACUGGUUCUUCAUUGGUAUCAACAUUGCUAUGAUGGGUGCACAAGUCCUGAUCAUCUUCGUUGGUGGUCGUCCAUUCUCAAUUGCCGAGACCAAGCCGCCGCAAACUGGUCCCCAAUGGGCUUACGCCAUUGUGCUUGGAUUCAUCUCGAUUCCUGUCGGCAUCUUGAUCCGACUCAUCCCCGAUACACUCGUGCUCAAACUCAUUCCCGCUUCGCUGAAGCGACGGUCGUCACGUGCUCCUGGUCUCACGGUUUCGGAUGAGGAACGGUUCAACUACUACCCCGAUGCUCUUACCGAUGUCCGAGACGAACUAGCCUUCAUCAAGAGACUCAAGGGAGGACAUCCGCAGCCCUUCCCAUUCGAGAUCGAACUCGAUGAGAGAAGCCGCACCUCGGACUCCUGUUAG